AUGUCUUCCCAAAACCACACUACAGUGGCAGAAUUCAUUCUCUUGGGACUCACAGAUGACCCAGUACUAGAGAAGAUCCUGUUUGGGGUGUUUCUGGUGAUCUACCUAAUCACGCUGACAGGGAAUCUGUGCAUGAUCGUGCUGAUCAGGACCAAUUCCCACCUCCAAACGCCCAUGUAUUUCUUCCUUAGCCACCUCUCCUUUGUAGAUAUUUGCUAUUCUUCCAACAUCACCCCAAGUAUGCUGUACAAUUUCCUCUCAGACCAGAAGACCAUCUCCUAUGCUGGAUGCUUCUCACAGUGUCUUCUCUUUAUUGCCCUGGUGAUCACUGAGCUUUUCAUCCUUGCCUCAAUGGCAUUGGAUCGCUAUGUAGCCAUCUGCAGCCCAUUACAUUACAGCACCAGAAUGUCCAAGGACACUUGUACCUCUCUAGUCAUGGUAUGUUAUGUUUUUGGCUUCCUCAAUGGACUCUCUCAGGCACUGCUGACCUUUCACUUGUCCUUCUGUGGCUCCCUGGAAAUCAAUCAUUUCUACUGUGCAGAUCCUCCUCUUAUAAUGCUGGCCUGCUCUGACACCCAUGUCAAAACGAUGGCAAUGCUGGUAGUGGCUGGAUUUACUCUCUCAAGCUCUCUCUUCAUCAUUCUCCUGUCCUACCUUUUCAUUCUUGCAGCCAUCUUGAGGAUCCAUUCUACUGAAGGCAGGCACAAAGCCUUCUCCACCUGUGGUUCCCACCUGACAACAGUCACUAUAUUUUAUGGGACUCUCUUCUGCAUGUACUUAAAGCCCCCAUCUGAGAGGUCUGUAGAGGAGUCCAAAAUAAUUGCAGUCUUUUAUACUUUUUUGAGCCCAAUGCUGAACCCAUUGAUCUAUAGUCUAAGGAACAAGCAUGUGAUCCACGCCCUGCAGCAGACAGUGAGGGGAAAUCUCUUCCAUAAAAGCGCAGGUUAG